CCCAUCAUAUAACAAAUAGCUUAUAUUCCUAUCUUCACUUCAAAAAGAAUAAAUCAACUUCACCCAUCACGGGUUGGCUGAAUUAGUCACAAAUGUAAACUUCGUGUGAAAUUCGUAAUUUUUUUUAUGAAAUUAACCCUUUCUUUAAUAUAUUCUCCAUGAUAUUCAACAUGUAAUGCCACCAUAUAUAUAUUACCUUGCAAUCUUUUCAUUCAUUAUCUUUUUAAAGCAUAGAUCUCAAUCACUGUUUGAAGAAUUUUGGUGAAACUAAAUUAUGGGAUCUACAGAAAGAUCAAAGAAGAGAGUACAAUUAUGGAAGAAAGCAGCAGUCCAUUUCUGUUUAUGUUUUGUUAUGGGUUUUUUCACAGGCUUUGCUCCCACCUCCAAGUCUCCACUAUUUUCAACUUACAAUAUCUCUUCAUCAAAAAAAUCACAUUCUUCUCCAAAACCCAAUGAUAUGUUCUACUUUGCAGUGACACCACAGACUGAUAUGAACACAUCUAAAACCCUAAUUUCAGCUCCUGAAAAAGCUAGAGACGAAGAGAAAAAACCCGACGACAAGUUGGCAUCGAGAAGACUAAUAAUCAUUAUCACACCAAUUAGUAGUAAAAAUCCAUACCAUGAGGUGUUGUUAAGGAGAUUGGCAAAUACUAUAAAGUUGGUAUCUACUCCAUUGUUAUGGAUAGUUGUGGAAGGGCAAUCCGAGUCGAAUAAAGUGUCUGAGAUUCUAAGAAAAACAGGAAUUAUGUAUAGGCAUUUGGUGACAAAACAGAAUUUUAGUGAUGGAAAAGAAGAAUUGGAUCAUCAGAGAAAUGUUGGUCUUACGCAUAUUGAGCAACACAGACUUAGUGGGAUUGUUCAUUUUGCUAGCCUUUCGAAUGUUUAUGAUCUUGCCUUCUUUGAUGAGCUUAGAGAAAUUGAGGAUUUUGGGACAUGGCCAAUGGCAAUGGUAUCAGCAAACAAGAAAAAUGUGAUAAUUGAAGGACCAGUAUGUGAGUCCUCACAAGUGAUUGGAUGGCAUAUAAAGAAGAUGAGCAACAAUGAAACACAAAUUCGCAUCUCUAGUCUUGCAUUUAAUAGUUCUAUUCUUUGGGAUCCUGAGAGAUGGGGUCGCCCUUCCUCCAUUCCACUUACUAAACAGAACUCAAUUAAAUUUGUGAAACAAGUAGCACUUGAAGAUGAGAUAAAGUUGAAAGGAAUUUCACUAGAGUGCUCUAAAAUCAUGCUUUGGCAGCUUAAAUUUCCAAUUGAAAAAGAAUCUUCAUCAGAUAAUCUUGUAACUAUUGCAUCUGAUGGAAAUGGAGAUGAAGGAGAUAAAUCAACAAAAUAAAAAAAAUGAAUUAUAGAGAUUUAAUUGAUUCUCCAUCUUGAGCUUUACAAACCCUCUAUUAUGUUUAUUGUUGAUUUGUUGUAGCAUGAAUGGAUAUAAGUAGGGUUGAUUAAGCAAAAUGCAAAAGCAUUGAUUAGUAUGAGAUUACCAACAUUAUGAAGUAUAACUAUUUUGCCCUUA